GGGGCAAUAAUAGAAUUCUGACAAACUAAUGAACGAAACAGAUCAAGGCCCUCCCCUGCGCAGGGGUGAAUUUCUUUCUUCUCGCCAGGCUUACCUCCCUUCGUUGUCUCUAACUCUGCAUCGCUCGUUAGGGUAUUCCCGAAGGGGGCCUCUGGUUCUCUGCUUCAUCUCUCUAUCGCUGAGUCUCUGAGAACCCCGUACGAUCUCUGCCAAUUCUCUUCGGAUCUGCUUCUUCGAAUUGCCUCGUUCAUCGAGCUCGGUGGAAAAUGUACGGGUUCGAAGCUCUUACCUUCAACAUUCAUGGAGGCUAUCUCGAGGCAAUUGUGAGAGGUUACAGAUCGGGGUUGCUCACGGCCGCUGAUUACAACAAUCUCUGCCAGUGUGAGUCCCUGGACGACAUUAAGAUGCAUCUUUCCGCCACCGAGUACGGUCCUUACCUCCAGAAUGAACCUUCCCCUUUGCAUACAACUACAAUUGUGGAGAAAUGUACUCUUAAAUUGGUUGAUGAAUAUAAGCACAUGUUAUGCCAAGCAACAGAGCCACUCUCAACCUUCUUGGAAUAUAUCACAUAUGGUCACAUGAUAGACAAUGUUGUGCUGAUUGUUACUGGAACCUUGCAUGAGAGAGAUGUUCAGGAACUGUUAGAGAAAUGCCACCCUUUGGGCAUGUUUGACAGCAUUGCUACCCUGGCAGUUGCACAGAAUAUGAGAGAACUUUAUAGAUUGGUGCUUGUUGACACGCCAUUGGCUCCCUACUUCUCUGAAUGUAUUACGUCAGAGGACUUGGAUGACAUGAACAUUGAAAUUAUGAGGAACACUCUUUACAAAGCAUACCUUGAGGAUUUCUACAGGUUUUGUAAGAAACUUGGUGGUGCCACUGCGGAGAUUAUGUCUGACCUCCUUUCCUUCGAGGCUGACAGAAGGGCUGUCAAUAUCAGCAUAAAUAGUAUUGGAACAGAGCUUACUCGAGAUGAUCGUAGGAAAUUGUACUCAAGUUUUGGUUUGCUCUACCCUUAUGGCCAUGAGGAACUUGCUGUGUGUGAGGAUCUAGACCAGGUUCGCUCCGUUAUGGAAAAAUAUCCCCCUUAUCAGUCAAUUUUCGCUAAAUUAUCCUAUGGAGAAAGCCAGAUGCUUGACAAGGCAUUCUAUGAAGAAGAGGUCAAAAGGCUCUGCUUAGCAUUUGAGCAACAGUUCCAUUAUGCUGUUUUCUUUGCAUACAUGAGGUUGAGCGAGCAGGAGAUUAGGAACCUGAUGUGGAUAUCCGAAUGUGUGGCUCAGAACCAGAAGUCUAGAGUGCAUGACAGUGUUGUCUUCAUAUUUUAGCUGCUUCAUAACUUUUGGAAGACAGCUUUAUGCUCCCCGGCAUUUUCUUCUGUAAAUCAACUUGUUUCUUGUUCCAUUAUUCAGAGUUGCAGAGAUUGACCCAGCUGCUCUAUUUGCAAGUUUGUCAUGACGAGAAUAAGUGUUCAUUUAUAUGUUCUAUUUGUUAGUAGAAAUGAAGAUAUGUUGUAUUGAGGUUCACCAGGCACAAUUCUAUUCAAGUGUGUUUAAUUUU